CGCUGGGAUUAUAGGCAUGUGCUACCAUGUCCUGCUCUAUUAACAGGACAUGGUUUUUGACCAACCGUUUAUUGAGAACUAAAAUACACAGGGGUCAGUUUGUAGCAAAGGGUACAAAGGAGAGAAGUACAGCUUUCCAGUGAAAUAAUGUAUUGUCCUUAACUUUAGAGCCUUGUGAACAGGCCUUACAUUUGUCUAAUAAAUGGCAAUGAAGAAUAUUCUAAAAGAAAAAGAAUAAAACAAACAAUUCCAGCAGUGCUCUUAGAAAUAGAAAUCUGCUUAAGAGUUUUGUCCUUAAUCCUUACUGUGAUUGGUCUGGAGUAGGAUUCUCCACCCACUUUGUCAUCAUCGUCUUUUUUUUUUUUUUCCUUUUCUGCCUUCAUUUUAUUUAUCUCCCUCUACUUGCACACAUCAUCACUUGAACAUUUAAGAACGGCAGGCACUGUUCACAUCUGGUGCACUGUGAACUCUUGUGAUAACUGGCCAACAGGAGCUUUGAUUGUACAACCUUAUACCUAAAGAAGAAAGAAAAUGGCUCAUUCUGAGUUUUCUUUUCAUGUGCCAAGUCUAGAGGAACUUGCUGAAGUUAUGCAGAAGGGACUAAAAGAUAACUUUGCUGAUGUCCAAGUGUCUGUAGUUGAUUGCCCUGAUUUGACUAAGGAACCAUUUACCUUUCCUGUAAAAGGCAUCUGUGGGAAAACUAGAAUUGCAGAAGUAGGAGGUGUGCCUUACUUAAUUCCUCUUGUAAACAAAAAGAAAGUUUAUGAUCUGAAUAUAAUUGCAAAAGAAAUCAACUUGCCUGGAGCCUUUAUUCUUGGAGCAGGGGCAGGCCCAUUUCAGACUCUUGGGUUCAAUUCUGAGUUUAUGCCAGUUAUUCAAACAGAAAGUGAACACAACCCUCCUGUGAAUGGAAGUUACUUUGCUCGUAUUAACCCUGCAGAUGGAGGAUGCCUAUUACAGAAAUACAGCCAGAAAUACCAUGAUUUUGGAUGUGCAUUACUGGCUAAUCUUUUUGCCAGCGAGGGCCAACCUGGCAAGGUCAUUGAGGUAAAAGCCAAACGAAGAACUGGACAACUUAACUUUGUGACUUGUAUGAGACAAACUCUGGAAAAACAAUAUGGAGACAAGCCUGUAGGGAUGGGAGGUACUUUUAUAGUUCAGAAGGGAAAAGUAAAGGCUCACAUUAUGCCUGCAGAAUUUUCUUCCUGCCCAUUGAACUCUGAUGAAGAAGUGAAUAAAUGGUUGCAUUUUUAUGAGAUGAAUGCUCCUUUGGUUUGUCUACCAGUUUUUGUUUCCAGAGACCCAGGAUUUGAUUUGCGACUGGAACACACUCAUUUUUUUAGUCAUCAUGGAGAAGGUGGACACUAUCAUUAUGACACGACUCCAGAUAUAGUGGAAUAUCUUGGAUACUUCUUACCUGCAGAGUUUCUCUACCGCAUUGAUCAACCAAGAGAGACCCAUUCAGUUGGACGAGAUUAAAUCAUCUUAUGCUUA